AUGGCACCCAUCCUUGCCCGACAAUUCCACAAUCCCACUCUUACUAUUCCCCGACCAACGAAAGGCACCCCUGCCAUUCCCUUGCCGGGUAGGAAGUACAUCAGUCUCAAGGUCUUGCUGCAGCUCUUUGCGGGUACGGUCUGCAUAUUCUUUCUUGCGGUGCUAUUCUGGAGGCUUGGAAGGUUCCUUCGGCGUUUCACCAAGGAUCGAGUCCUCGGAGGAGGAAACAUCACCGCCUCACGAUAUGCGAAGACAUGGUAUGGUUGGAUACCAUUGCAGCAGCAUGAACUCAAUAAAGCACGACUCAAAAGGUGGUUUCGUUGGAUUCGGAAUUGGACUUCGUGGCAAUCAUCCAAGGAUGACUACAGCUGGGUGUGGUGGAAUCCAGGGCAGAUGGAAACGAAAAGCCGUCGCAAAAAACAAGGACCUCUGCGAUUGUUACCGGCCUGCUUCGAGGACUACGAGUAUACCGCAGCCGAUACGAUUUGGGGCCACCGUUCGUGCAUGCCCCCGCUAUCUAAUAGAACGGGGCCAUGUCUGCCAUUCGCGAUGUCGGGCGCUCUUCAGUCUCGCGAGACCACCAGGGUAACGACCAGAGAAUCAUACAGUGUAUCCCGAUGGAAGCAUGGCGAGAACGCCCCGACAAUCCACGAGGAGUCUAUAAUCCUGGAAACGAACGGAAUGACUUUAGAAAUUGAUGCUCGCAGAAUUCUCAGCUGCAGUGCCGCAAUCCAAAGCAGACCCCAAGCCGGUGAAACUCCUACAUCCUACAUGAGUAGACGCUUUUUCUCGUUAGACCAAGCAUCUCCAUCCAUGAAAGACAACUGCCCCGUGGAGCUGUUCGCCGACUACGAGCAGUCGCUAAGAUAUUGGCAGUCCCUCCCAUGCCUCUUGACCCCGGAGCUCGUCUUGCAGAAAAUGAAAGAGUGGUCACAAGUCUCACGAAAUAGCGCGGAAAUGAGCCACCCCCAGGCAAUGCCCGACCCAUCUAAAUUCCUCCGAUGCACUCGCAAAUACCAGGUUUGGUCAGCCCGGAUGGAGGUCAACCCAGCAGCAGAUGUAGUGUACGGUAUGGGAAAGUUUUCUGCGCCUCCAGGAAGUCCUUGUUCGGAAAUGUUAAGGAGCAUUUCCUCCCAGCAAACCUUUUGCCUGGAAUCCACGCGCCGAGCAAGGGAAACGAUCGCUAUGAGCAUUUCCUCUGGAUCUAGCGAGUUUCUUCGAGUCAGCUUCGGGCGGAAAGCUCAUCCUCGAGAAAGAGCUCGGGUAAUGCACCCCCAGAAUGAUGGCCCCGAUGAUGGAAGCUGGACCUCCGUGCACAUACUCACCAGCCCGCAACCCUCGCGUCACUCAACGACCGGUACAGUCCCUUUGAAAUUUCACGAGAGGGUAUCAAAACGUCCGGGGUCGCAAGCUCUCUCUGCGCCAAUUACAAGGCCUGCACAGACUGAAAAGCAAGCUGGCGAAAAGAGACUGCAGACAAUGCGCACGCAAAGACUCUCCGAGAAUACUAAGGGUUACAUGUUUCCGCAAGUAACGGUACCUAUCGGGUACUUGAGUGACUGGGAAAUCCGGCUGAUAGACGGUCUUGACCGACGGCUGGACUGGCUCUCUGAUCAACUUAGUCCAGGACGGAGAGCGUUUCACUUCGCCAUGCUUGCCAACCACUGGCUGAAUAAGAAGACCUGGAUUGUAUACGAUCCCAUAUCACGGGUUCCAAUUGAAGCCAGGCGACUACUAGGUGACCCACGGUUUAAUGUACCGUAUCCGCUUCCCGACUGGAGCGGGAAGCCGAAGUAUCCGCAAGUGCAUCGCAAGGUCGUCCAUGAGCCCCGAAUCGAUUCUUGGAGGAUCGCGGUAAACAGAAACCGGCGGCAUACGGGCCUCAAGGAUUUCAUAAAGACUGUUGAGUUAUAUGAUGGCUCGAUUGAUGAACCCCCGGACGGAGAUGUUGACCCGGCGUGUUGGAUCCUCCGCAAGCCACCACAGGGUUUCGGCAUAUCAAAAAAGCAAGAAGAGACCUACUAUGAAGGGGGGGCUGGGUGGCAGGAAACGCUCGGUGACUGGCAGAGAGUUCGCCGUGGGUAUCGCAUCCACAAGGCAAUCCACGAAGGUCGAGUUAACCGGGGACGAGUGAAAGAAAUGGGUCAUGAUAUCGCACGAUAUUCUAGAAAGAUACAAUCGGAAGUCUUCUCACGGUCGCUCAAGACGAACCAAGAACCACAAUGA